AUGCCUGUCUCUUGCUUCGGAAAAAGCUUCAUACAGAGCUUCAGAAGGAUAUUCCAAGAGAAACCUCCCGACAAGCCGGAUGACAACCAAUCGGAUGAUUGCUCGCCGAGCGCAGGAUUGCCUGUUGUCACUCAAGUCGCUCCCCAGCAAGCAGAAGAUCCAUGGUUGAGAGCAGAAUGGCAGCUCAAGCAGAAUGAAACGACGAACAAAAUUUUAACGGCAUCUGUUGAAAUCCUUGAAAUCCACUUCGGACUGAACGUUCAGACACAUGGGAUAACCGGUCGGGAACUCUGUGGUUUCCUGGAUACUAAAACUCGCGAGCUGGAAGAGAAAAAGUGGGUGGUUCGCUUUGGUGGUCACAAGCUCGGAGUUGAGGAACAGCUCACAAGAGCAUUCCAAAAUAUCUUGAUGGUCAAGGACGUGUAUAAUACGGCCGCUUCUGCAAGCCCGCCAGCUGCAAUAGCCUGCGCCGGUGUUACUAUUGGUCUUCUGUUUGUUGUGCAAGCUUUCGAGCAACAUGAAUGUCUUCUACAAGGCAUAGACUUGACUUCUGCUUUAAUUCCUCGCCUCCAUGCCAUGGAAGACAUUUACGCGCAUUCCGAUAAAAGUUCCAGCAUUCAUUUAGAGGAAAAAUUCAAGGAAAACCUCCUCUCCUUAUACUCGAAGAUACUGGAGUUCCAGACUCGAGCGCUGUGCUAUCUAUAUAAACACACCAUCUCUCGAGUUUUCAGAGAUAUGUUCAAACAAGAUGCGUGGGACGGUUUAUUGAAGGACAUCGAACGACUUGAACAUUCAGCACAGAGUUUCACCUCCCUGAUACGAGACGCAGACAUCAGGCAAAAACUUGUUGAGAUUCAAGAUUCAGUCAAUCAGAAUCAGAUCUGGAAACUCUCGUCAGAUCGAGAUGAGAGGAUGAAAAACCUCUUCUACCGGCUCUACACCUGCCCUUACCGAGACCGCAAAGACCGGAAUGAUAAGCGCGUGCCUGGUACAUGUGACUGGUUUACCAGCCAUGACCAAUUUCACAACUGGGAGCAGAGCAAUCACUCCAGCCUUCUAUGGGUUUCAGCCGAUCCAGGGUGCGGGAAGUCAGUAUUGACAAAGUACUUGGUUGAUGAGUUCCUACCAAACCCUACAAGAACAGUUUGUUACUUCUUUUUCAAGGACGACUUCGCCGAUCAGAAGUGCGCCUCGAACGCAUUUGCCGCAAUUUUACGCCAACUUUUCAUGGCGCAGCCACAUUUGCUAUCUGAUUUUGUCUUGAGAAAGCUGGAUACCGACGGAGACAAGUUUAUUCAAUCCUUCAGUGACUUAUGGGAUAUCUUGAUGACCAUUGCAACUGGGCAGAAUGUUGGUGAAAUCAUCUGCGUCUUGGAUGCCUUGGACGAGUGCCAACACGAUGACCGCAUGCAGCUCAUUAAAGCUGUGAGAGACUUUUACUCGACUGACAUCAAGAGGCACAAUCUCAAGUUUCUUAUCACGAGUAGGCCUUAUGACCAUAUUCGCCGCGGUUUCCACAACCUGGAGGCUCGACUGCCCACAAUCCAUUUAAGCGGUGAAGGCGAAGUCGAGGUCGAGAAAAUUUCAAGCGAGAUAGACUUGGUCAUCGAAAAGCGGGUUAGGGAGAUCGGUGCGCAAAGGGGUCUAAAGUCCAAUGAGCUCAAAUCUCUUCAGAGACAGCUCACCUCUGUUCCCAAUCGCACAUAUUUGUGGGUCAGCCUUACAAUGAAUGUUAUCGAGAAAGACUUGAUUGGAACCACAGACGGGGAUAUCCGUGACGUGAUCCAUCCUGUGCCCCAAGACGUCAACAAAGCGUAUAACAGGAUCCUGAAUCGAAGUCCUAACCCUGAAAAGGCUAAGAGACUACUGCACAUUAUCACAGCGGCAAAACGACCGUUGUCUCUUGGAGAAGCUUCUGUGGCUUUGGCUUUUAGUGCAGGGUCCCAUGAUUCUAUUGACGACAUCUAUGAUCACAUCGAAACGGACGACAAACGAAUCCAAACGGCCAUCAGAGAUCUUUGUGGGCUCUUUCUGGUGGUCGUAGACUCGAAUGUUUAUUUUCUCCACCAGACCGCUAAGGAAUUCUUAUUGCAGAACAACUCUGCAAAAAUUGUGGAUUCUCAAAGCGGUGAAUGGGAACAUUCCUUACUGCCCGAAACAUCUCACCGGAUUCUCGCAGAAGCCUGCACAUUAUAUUUGACUCAAAACAUCACACAAGGCCCCUUCUGCACAUUCCUGGACUAUGCAGCACACAAUUGGGUAUUCCAUUUUCGUGCAGCCAGCAUACAAAGCAAGGAUCCAGUGGUGAAACAAGGACUCAUCCUCUGCGAACCGGGCUCAAAGAUUUACGAGACAUGGUCUAAGAUGUUUGAAGCUCCAGACUUCAUAUACCUACGGAAUCAAAGCUCCAUUGUCAUUGCAUCCUAUUUGGGGCUUGCAGCAGUUGUACAUCGGCUCCUUGAGAUUAGAAAAGUGGAUUUGGACUCUAAGAAUUUCAUUAGAAAGAGACCUUUAUCAUGGGCAACGCUGCUUGGACAUGAGGCAGUGGUGAAGCUGCUACUUGAUUCUGGAAAAGUGGAUGUCAACUCAAAGGAUUCUGAUGGUCAGACACCUUUAUCAAGGGCAGCAAGAUUUGGGCGUGAAGCGGUGGUGAAGCUGCUGCUUGAUUCUGGAAAAGUGGAUGUGGACUCAAAGAAUUAUUAUGAUCAGACACCUUUAUCAUGCGCAGCAAGAUUUGGGCAUGAAGCGGUGGUGAAGCUGCUACUUGAUUCUGGAAAAGUGGAUGUCAACUCAAAGGAUUCUGAUGGUCAGACACCUUUAUCAUGGGCAACGCUGCUUGGACAUGAGGCAGUGGUGAAGCUGCUACUUGAUUCUGGAAAAGUGGAUGUCAACUCAAAGGAUUCUGAUGGUCAGACACCUUUAUCAUGCGCAGCAAGAUUUGGGCAUGGAGCGGUGGUGAAGCUGCUACUUGAUUCUGGAAAAGUGGAUGUCAACUCAAAGGAUUCUGAUGGUGAGACACCUUUAUCAUGCGCAGCAAGAUUUGGGCAUGAAGCGGUGGUGAAGCUGCUACUUGAUUCUGGAAAAGUGGAUGUCAGCCCAAAGAACUCUGAUGGUUGA